UGCUGCUGCCCCAAGCAGCGGAAGUGCCAAGGGAGCCAUGGAAAACCUGGAAGAUAAUACAACUGUCUUCUCCACUUUGAGAUCUCUCAACAACUUCAUCUCACAGCGCAUGGAGGGGACAUCUGGCUUGGCCACUCCAGGAUCAUCUCAAAAUACCUUGCAUAUGCAGUACCAGCAGAGGGUACAGCUGGAGGAACAAGCUGGGCAGAUCCAUUCAAAAUCUCAGCUCCUGCAGGUGGAACGGGAGAAGAUGCAGAUGGAGCUUAGCCACAAACGAGCUCGUAUUGAGCUAGAGAAAGCAGCUAACACGAAUGCCAGGAACUAUGAGCAUGAGGCUGACCGGAACCAAGAGCUUCUCACACGCAUAAAGCAGUAUCAAGAGAGGGAAGUGGAGGCUGAGAAUAAACUAAAGGAACAAAUUGAGAUGAAUAAAUCCUAUAAGAAGAGUAUGGAAACCAUGAGCAAGAAGCUGCAGGAGAAGGAGAGCAAAUUAGCUGAAGCUAAUGAAACCAUCAGCAUGCUAGAAGGGAGAAUGUCUGAGCUAAAGUGGAGUUUAAUGAAUCGGGAGAUGCAAACAGCAAGCCAGGAGUCUCAGAGAGAGGAGCUGAUGGAACAGCUGGAUGUACAACUCAAAAAAUGGCAGGAAGCCAGCCAGCAAAUCCAAACUCUGCAAGCAGGCCAGACCCUGAUGGCUGAAUACGAGCAGAAGAUUAAGGAUCUGGAACAGAAGCUUUCCCUGCAGGAACAAGAUGCUGCAAUUGUGAAGAACAUGAAAGCAGAGCUGGCCCGAUUCCCAAAGAUGGAGCGAGAGCUGCGCCAGCUCAGGGAGGAAAAUGCCUAUUUCAGGGAAAUGAAAGAAAACAAUGGAUUGCUCAAGGAGGAGGUAGAAGGUCUGCAGAGGAAACUGGAACGCUAUGAGAAAGUUCAGGCCAGCCUAGUGGCUCUUGAAUUGGAGAAUGAGAAACUUCUGGGAAAGUUGAAAAGCUGGGAGAAACUGGACCAGAGCACGGGCCUAAACAUCAGGACUCCUGAUGAUCUCUCAAGGCAGAUUGUUGCCCUGCAACAGAGGGAGCUUGCACUAAAAGAGCAGAACACUAACAUCACAAACAGUGCCAGGAUAUUAGAGAAGGCUCGACAGCAGCUACAAGAGGAGGUAUUACGAAUCCAGAACCAGUUACUGGAUGAGAAGAAGAAACGUGAGCAGCACGAAGCUCUGGUCAGACGUUUGCAGAAACGAGUGCUGCUCCUCACCAAGGAACGUGAUGGAAUGAGAGCAAUUUUGGAGUCCUAUGACAGCGAGCUGACCCCAUCAGAACAUUCGCCGCAGCUGAGCCGACGAAUGCGCGAGGCCGAAGAAAUGGUGCAGAAGGUGCACGCGCACAACACUGAGAUGGAGGCUCAGCUGUCUCAAGUUGUGGAAGAAGUGGGGAACCAGAAGCAAAGAGCAGAUAUGCUGGAGGCAGAGCUGAAGUUCCUGAAGUCUCAAACUUGCACAGCGGAUCAAAGCCUCUUCGUCACGCAGGAGGAAGUGAACAUGCUCAGGCUGAAGAUCGAAGAGUUGGAAGCUGAGCGAGGCAAGCUGGAAGAGGAGAAUAAAUGUUUAGAAAUGAAAUUGGAGAAGCUAACACUUCAGGUAAGGGACAGGACCAUGUUAAGGGAGACAGUGGUCAAGCUUAGAGAGCUUGGCAUUGUCCAGGCUUGA